UCCCUUACUAGCAGUGGUAUAGUCGUAAAUACUUCCUUAACUGCAAAGCACAACACUUCUCUUCUUUCUUCCUCCCUCCCUCAAUCGAUCGUAUCUACAUUUUUACACUCUGCUCUUUCCCAACCCAACGCCAAAAACCUUCUCUCUCUUUCUCUCGGAGCUCGAUCUCGUUCUCUACCUCUUCAGGAACUCCGAUUCUGAUCUUCGGAGAGUGUUCUACGUCGAUUCCAACUUCUUCCUUCAAUCUCCACAACCAAAAUGCCUCUCAGACUCGAAAUCAAGCGAAAGCUUGCUCAAAGAUCUGAGAGAGUGAAGUCUGUGGAUCUACAUCCUACAGAACCAUGGAUUUUGGCAAGUUUAUACAGUGGCACUGUCUGCAUAUGGAACUACCAAUCUCAAACCAUGGCCAAGUCUUUUGAGGUAGCUGAAUUACCAGUUAGGUCGGCCAAGUUUAUUGCACGUAAACAGUGGGUUGUUGCCGGAGCAGAUGAUAUGCAUAUUCGUGUAUAUAAUUACAACACAAUGGAUAAGGUUAAAAUAUUUGAGGCACACACAGAUUACAUUAGGUGUGUGGCAGUACAUCCUAACCUUCCUUAUGUGCUUUCAUCAUCUGAUGAUAUGCUCAUAAAGCUUUGGGAUUGGGACAAGGGCUGGGUUUGUACCCAGGUAUUUGAGGGGCAUUCUCAUUAUGUCAUGCAAGUGACAUUUAACCCUAAAGAUACCAACACCUUCGCAAGUGCCUCUCUUGAUCGCACCAUAAAGAUUUGGAAUCUUGGCUCUCCAGACCCUAAUUUUACAUUGGAUGCUCAUCAGAAAGGAGUGAAUUGUGUUGAUUACUUUACAGGUGGUGACAAACCUUACCUAAUAACUGGAUCUGAUGAUCACACUGCAAAGGUAUGGGAUUAUCAGACUAAAAGUUGUGUCCAGACUUUGGAGGGUCACACGCACAAUGUAUCUGCUGUAUGCUUUCAUCCUGAGCUCCCUAUAAUUAUUACUGGUUCUGAGGAUGGUACAGUACGAAUAUGGCAUUCCACAACGUAUAGACUUGAGAAUACAUUGAACUAUGGUCUUGAAAGAGUUUGGGCUAUUGGAUACCUCAAGGGUUCACGUCGGGUUGUGAUUGGAUACGAUGAAGGUACUAUUAUGGUCAAACUUGGUCGAGAAGAACCAGUGGCCAGCAUGGAUAACAGCGGGAAGAUUAUUUGGGCUAAGCAUAAUGAAAUUCAGACUGUCAAUAUAAGAAGUGUAGGAGCAGACACACAGAUUGCUGAUGGGGAAAGGUUACCUUUGGCUGUUAAGGAGCUGGGGACAUGUGAUCUCUACCCACAAAGCUUGAAACACAAUCCAAAUGGUCGGUUUGUUGUUGUUUGUGGAGAUGGUGAGUAUAUUAUAUACACUGCUUUGGCAUGGAGAAAUAGAUCGUUUGGCUCGGCAUUGGAAUUUGUCUGGUCUUCGGAUGGGGAGUAUGCUGUGAGAGAAAGUACAUCAAAAAUUAAGAUUUUCAGCAAGAAUUUCCAGGAAAAGAAGAGUAUACGGCCAACAUUUUCAGCUGAACGAAUAUUUGGUGGCACUGUACUGGCAAUGUGCUCAAAUGAUUUCAUUUGCUUUUACGAUUGGGCUGAAUGCAGGUUGAUUCGUCGGAUUGAUGUUAAUGUGAAAAACCUCUAUUGGGCUGAUAGUGGUGAUCUAGUGGUGAUUGCAAGUGACACAUCAUUCUACAUCUUGAAGUACAACCGUGAUGUUGUUGCAUCAUAUCUUGACAGUAAAAUGGCCGUUGAUGAGCAAGGUGUUGAAGAUGCCUUUGAGCUCCUCCAUGAAAUGAAUGAGCGUGUGAGAACGGGGAUCUGGGUUGGGGAUUGUUUUAUCUACAACAAUUCUUCUUGGAGGCUUAACUAUUGUGUUGGUGGAGAGGUGACUACAAUGUCUCAUUUGGACCGUCCUAUGUACUUGUUGGGAUAUCUUGCCAGCCAAAGUAAGGUUUACUUGAUAGACAAAGAGUUCAAUGUAAUGGGAUACACGCUACUUUUGAGCUUGAUUGAGUACAAGACUCUUGUGAUGCGUGGUGACUUGGAUAGGGCCAAUGAAGUUCUACCAUCCAUUCCUAAAGAGCAUCACAACAGUGUGGCUCGAUUCCUGGAAUCACGAGGCAUGAUAGAGGAUGCUCUUGAAGUAGCUACUGACCCUGACUAUAGGUUCGAUCUGGCCAUGCAGCUUGGGAGAUUAGAGGUUGCAAAGAGCAUUGCCACGGAAGUGCAGAGUGAGUCUAAAUGGAAGCAGUUGGGAGAAUUAGCCAUGUCUACUGGAAAGUUAGAAAUGGCUGAGGAGUGUCUAAAGCAUGCAGUGGAUUUGAGUGGGUUAUUGCUGCUAUAUUCUUCUUUAGGAGAUGCUGAAGGAAUUUCAAAACUUGCAACUCUUGCUAAAGAGCAAGGGAAGAACAAUGUUGCAUUCCUUUGCUUAUUUACACUGGGUAAACUUGAAGAUUGCCUUCAACUGUUGAUAGAAAGCAACCGGAUUCCUGAGGCUGCUUUAAUGGCUCGAUCUUAUCUCCCAAGCAAGGUGUCAGAGAUAGUGGCAAUUUGGCGAAAAGAUCUGAACAAGGUUAGUCCAAAAGCUGCGGAAUCAUUGGCUGAUCCUGAAGAGUAUCCUAAUUUGUUUGACGAUUGGCAAGUUGCACUUGCUGUUGAAUCCAAAGCAGCAGAAAAAAGGGGCGUUUAUCCUCCUGCAGAGGAGUACAUCAACCAUGCUGAUAAAUCACACAUACCUCUUGUUGAAGCUUUCAGAAACAUGCAGAUCGAAGAAGAGGAACAGCCUCUAGAGAAUGGGGAAUCCUACCAUGAGUUGGCCGAACAAAACGAAGAGGAAUAUACAGAGGAACAAAAUGCAGAGGAAGGAAGCCAAGAGGAAGUUGUAGUGGAUGCAGAUUCUACCGAUGGUGCAGUCCUCGUUAAUGGUACCGAGGCUAAGGAAGAGUAUGAAACCCCAUCGACAUAAUUUAAAUUGUUUGGGGCGGUAUGAAAAUCGAAAUUUUGUCUUUCUGGUGAUGAAUCGUUUCUGUAGUUGCCAUUUCUGACUCCCAUUUUGACAACUAGCUGUUUUUACUGUUAUGUUGCCAUGCCACUAGUCCUGCCGAUUCUGGUUCUAUUUUUUAGUGUAUCAUAUACUUCAUUACAAUUAGGCUGUAUAUUUGGGAAAUUAGAGAGGAAAUUAAAUAUUACUUCCAUUGUCAGUAGCGGAACAUUGUUGUCUUAAAAUCUCACAACUCAUGACGCAUUUCUUCAUAAUUUUGUACGGCGAUUUGGCUUGGGAUUUUGUAAUAUUUAUUGCUCGAGUAAUCAUUUGGGGUAUAUUUUCA